AUGACGCCAUAUUGCAAAAUAUCAAUGUUUACAAAAGAAAAGUCCUCGGAGCGAAAAAGUGAAAAAACGAAAAGUAGACUCCAACAACCUCGCAUGAGUUUGUUGGGUAAACCUCUCAACUAUCGCGCCAACCGCCGCGACGCUCGUUAUAGAAGAUUACAAACAAGAGUCUAUAAUUUUUUAGAACGUCCUAGAGGAGUACAAGCUAUUUUGUAUCAUAU